UGUGUAAACUGUGCUGAAGAAAGCGCGCGCAUUGUUUACUGGAAUUAUGUUUACAAUCAACCGGCGGGUGCCUCGGUCAUAUAGAAAGGCAUUUAAGUGGUUUUAUUAAGUUUUUAUUUUAUAUUUCGACUUUAUGUGUACCAUUUGUAAUGAUCCAUGGCAGAAGAAGCGGAACCACCAAUGCUGCCAGCGACAACUGCUGAAUCCAGCAAAAUAAAUGCUAUCGACAAGGAAACGGUUCAUCGCAUAUGCUCCGGACAGGUGGUACUGAACUUAGCAAUUGCGGUAAAAGAAUUGGUGGAAAACUCGCUCGAUGCCGGCGCAACGCUCAUCGAGGUGAAGCUCCGUGGCUGCGGUGCCGAGCUGGUCGAAGUGUCCGACAACGGUAGCGGUGUGGAGGAGAAAAAUUUCGAAGGAUUAACGGCCAAAUAUCACACCUCCAAGCUGAAAGAAUUCACCGACCUGGAAUCGAUCGAAACGUUCGGCUUUCGGGGUGAAGCGCUCAGCUCGCUGUGCGCCCUUUCCGAUAUGAUUAUCACGACACGCCACUCCACUGCACCACACGCCACUAAACUGACGCUGACUAACGACGGAAAAAUUAAAACCCGUGCACCCUGUGCACGUUCCAUCGGUACGACGGUCAGUUUGACCAAUCUGUUCGCAACGCUACCGGUGCGGAAGAAAGAAUUUCAGCGCAACAUUAAGCGAGAGUUUCUCCGCAUGUGCCAGAUACUGCAGGCGUACUGUCUGGUGUCGGUUGGGGUGCGCAUCAUUUGUACCAACCAAAUGGCCAAAGGUGGCAAAUCGGUUAUAAUGAGUACGCCGGGUUCGAUGCGUGUGCUGGACAACAUAACGGCCCUGUUCGGCACGAAGCAAACGGGCGAACUGUUGCAGCUUGUGCCAUCGAUCGGUAGCAACGGUAAAAUACAGGACCUCGAAGCGAGUGACUUUGAGGAAAGUCUGGCGUUAACGCAGGAAGAGGUGGACAACUUUAACCUGUCCCGGUACACCAUCGAAGGAUACAUCUCCAGCUGUGCGCAUGGGUCGGGCCGUAGCAGCAAGGAUCGUCAGUUUUUCUUCAUCAAUUCUAGGCCCUGCGAACCGAAGCAGAUCAGUAAGCUGAUCAACGAUGCUUACCACCGAUACAACGUACAUCAGCAACCGUUCGUGUUCCUGAAUCUCAUGCUAGACCGCUCGGAGGUGGAUGUAAAUCUGACGCCCGACAAGCGACAGGUGCUGGUGAACAAUGAAAAGAUUCUCAUGCUGGCCAUCAAGAAAUCGAUCAAGAAAACGUUCGACGGUGUGCCGUCGUCGUUUAAGGUGCAGAAUCUAAGCGAGACGAGCAGGUUGCUUAACAUAUCGCUACCCUCCGACAAGGACAACGAUGACGAUGAGGAGGAUGGUAAUGGGCAGGCCAAUGUCAGCACGACCGAUAAAUGCACGGCAGGCGAUAUGCUCUUCACAUUUCAACCACCGAAAGCAACGGCUGGUUCGGGAUGUGGUAAACGAAAGCGCAGCUCAACGACAAACGGUGGACUGCAGAAAAUGAUCGAUUUUCUAAACGUUACGAAAAAGGCUGCGCAAACUAGUAGCGUUAACGAUAGCAGCGUGACGGACAGUUCGUUCGAUGAGGAAGAGAUGCGUUCAACAAAGCAGGCAAAACAUGAAGAAAAUCCGUACGAUUUGACCAUCCUGAAGGAGCCACCGUGUGACAGGCGCAGCAAUGAAGGUGAUGGCAAAGAGACGCUUCAGGUCAUACGAUGUACGAACCGUAAAUCGGAAGAACUGGAUGGUGUUGACAUUCCUACCGCACCGAAAGCGACCACGUCCUCGCAGGAAUCUGUUACCGAUUUAGUGUCGUUGAUGAGCUGUCGAUCGGACGGUACCGAUUCUGGCGAACCGUCGUCACAAACCGCGACUAUGGAUGGGGUGGAAAUUAAACGAGAGUCGAGCUCGGAAUCAAUCGCUUUCCUAAGCCAGUUUGCCGCGCCGAUUAAACGCGAGCUAAGCGAUACUAGCGUAGCGUCAUCCAUUUCCACCGGUCCAACGAUCCUGCUCGAUGAUGAACUGUCCGACGGGGACGGUGUGAACGAUAUGCACCACCGUAACCAGCAGCAACUCUCCAUCACCCUGGAAUCGCUCGAGCAGCUCAUCGAACGGGAACGAACGCUGCAAACCGCACGCUGCACCGAACAAGCCACAUUGACUCGGUUACGCUUUAAGAGCAAAAUUAACCCCACAAGCAAUAAGGACGCCGAGAGUGAACUGCAAACCGAAAUAAGCAAGCGCGACUUUGGGGCGAUGCAGAUCGUGGGCCAGUUCAAUCUCGGCUUCAUCAUCGUCCGGCUCGGCGAUGAUCUGUUCAUUGUCGAUCAGCACGCGACGGACGAAAAGUACAACUUUGAGGACCUUCAGCGUACGACGGUCCUGCAGAACCAACGGUUGGUCGUACCGCAACCGCUCGAGCUGACGGCCGUGAACGAGAUGAUACUGAUCGAUAAUUUGGACAUAUUCGAAAUGAACGGAUUUAAGUUCGAGGUCGAUGGAGCGGCACCGACCACGAGAAAGGUGCGGCUGAUGGCAAAACCGUACAGCCGCAACUGGGAGUUUGGCAAGGAGGAUAUCGAUGAGCUGAUCUUUAUGCUGCAGGAUGCACCGAACACGGUUUGCCGGCCGUCCCGGGUGCGGGCAAUGUUCGCUUCCCGUGCGUGCCGGAAGUCGGUGAUGAUUGGGCGGGCGCUUUCGGUGCGUGAGAUGGAGCGGCUUAUCCGGCACAUGGGAGAGAUCGAUCAGCCGUGGAACUGUCCACACGGUCGUCCAACGAUGCGCCACCUGGUGAACCUGGCGAUGGUCAGCCAAAUCGAUCGUGACAGCGAUGCAGCAUCGGAUCGGAUCAAACGUGAAAUUUCCGAAGCCGAAGUGGAACAUAAUGCGUUUGAAUAAAAGCUAAGGAAAACAGCUCCCUCGGUUUUUAAACACCCGA